GCCCCUGCUUGAUGUCGCCGCGUCAGCCAACAGAAAGGAAAAAAACUAAUAAUGUAUUGGACCCUAGAUGAUGCAUCGAGAUUGACACAGGAAGGAGAGAAGGAAGAGGUAGAGAAAAGAGAAGGAAUGUGACGGGCAUAGAGAGAGAAAGGGAAAGUAGGGGAAAGAAAGAAACCGGGAGGGAAGGAGCCGAUUGAGCCGCCGGAGCCCCGGAGAAGAAGAAGAAGAAGGGAGCAAUCCAGGACGGCCGCCGUCAGGUACUCAGAUUGGUUUCUACUAGCGAAGACAAGAUGAGUGACAAUCUGAUGGAUAAAGUCAAUGCCUUGGGUGAGCGGCUCAAGAUAAGUGGAGCAGAAGUUAGCCGGAAGAUGUCAGUUGGCGUGAGCAACAUGAGCUUCAAGAUGAAGGAGUUAUUCCAGGGCCAGAACAUGGCAGACAAGGUUGUCGACGAAGCCACGCUGGAGGCCAUGGAUGCGCCUGAUUGGGCUAUCAAUCUUGAGAUAUGUGACAUGGUCAACACGGAGAGGGUCAACAGUGUUGAAGUGAUCCGAGCCAUCAAGAGAAGAAUCAUGUUGAAGAAUCCACGGGUGCAGUAUCUGUCUCUUGUCCUCCUCGAGACCAUUGUCAAAAACUGUGAGAAGGCUUUCUCUGAGAUUGCUGCUGAGCGGGUGCUUGAUGAGAUGGUAAAACUUAUCGAUGAUCCACAGACUAUAGUCAACAACAGAAACAAGGCUCUUAUGCUUAUUGAAGCAUGGGGAGAGUCGGGAGAUGACCUCCGCUACCUUCCGGUGUAUGAAGAAACUUACAAGAGCUUAAGAUCUAGGGGAAUUCGCUUCCCUGGGCGUGAUGACGAGAGCCUAGCACCAAUAUUCUCUCCUCGUUCAGUACCUGCAGCUGAACCGUAUUCUGUGGCAGCACAAGAAGGGUAUCAAGAAAUUCCAGAUGAGAGUUUUGCUCCAGUUCGUGCUGUUCCCGCUGUGCAAGUAAAUGAGGCUUUUGAGGUGGCUCGUAAUAGCGUUGAACUUCUUUCCACGGUGCUAUCUUCUUCUCCUCCAAAAGAGGUUCUAGAGGAUGACCUGACUACCACCCUCGUUCAGCAAUGCCAACAAUGUCAGUACACAAUCCAGAGAAUCGUUGAGACGGCUGGUGACAACGAGGCUCAACUCUUUGAGGCACUGAGCAUCCACGAGGAACUACAGAAGGUCCAGUGCAAGUACGAAGAGCUCAAGGAACCUGUCCGUGUUGAGCAUGAGCCAGAACCAGCGAUGAUUCCAGUUACAGUGGAGCUUGAGGAGUCUCCGCGCACUGUGAGUAAAGAAGACGCCCCUGCAAGGAAGCCAACGGUUUCUGGAUAUCGGUCUAAUGGGGAUGACUUGCUUCAGGAUAUUGACGAUAUGAUCUUUGGUAAGAAAGGUGGCACCUCGUCUCAGCAGGACAGAACUCCGAGAAAGGAGCAAAAGGACGACUUCAUCAGCUUCUGAUGGUCGGAUAAACCAGGCUGAAACCUGUUAUAAGGUUUUGUGUUAGUAUGUUACCAACAAUAUUAGUUCUUGCAGAUGUGUGAUGUGUGCGUAUUUCGUGUCCUGUAUCUCAGGGCCUUUUCGGUUAGUUCACUUGACCUGAGGAGUUGCUAGCUCGAUGUACAGGAAUGGAAUGGACGUGGCAGUUGUCUAACGUAACAUAUUGGCAGAUCUGAAUUAUGCUAUCGAGUGUUUCGUCUCCUGUUA